AUGAGUAUUAAAUUAAAUUCAGGACAUGAAAUGCCAAUUGUUGGCUUUGGAUGCUGGAAAGUCACCAACGAUACCGCCGCUGACCAAAUCUACAACGCCAUCAAAGUAGGUUACAGAUUAUUUGACGGUGCUCAAGAUUAUGGCAACGAGAAAGAAGUGGGCCAAGGAAUCAAUCGCGCAAUUGAUGAAGGCUUGGUCUCUCGUGAUGAGUUAUUUGUUGUGUCCAAAUUAUGGAACAAUUUUCAUGACCCCAAAAAUGUUGAAACUGCAUUGAACAAGACUUUAUCCGAUUUGAACUUGGAGUAUCUUGACUUGUUUUUGAUCCAUUUCCCAAUUGCGUUCAAGUUCGUGCCUAUUGAGGAGAAAUACCCACCGGGGUUCUAUUGUGGCGACGGUGAUAAAUUCCAUUACGAAAAUGUGCCAUUGUUGGAUACUUGGAAAGCGUUGGAAUCGUUGGUUGCAAAGGGCAAGAUUAGAUCAAUUGGUAUUUCAAAUUUCAAUGGUGGGUUGAUUUACGACUUGUUGCGCGGUGCCAAGAUCCCUCCUGCAGUUUUGCAAAUUGAACAUCAUCCAUACUUGCAACAACCUAGAUUGAUUGAGUAUGUUCAAUCUCAAGGUAUUGCAGUCACGGGGUACUCGUCAUUUGGUCCACAAUCAUUUUUGGAAUUGCAGAGUCAAAAGGCAUUGGAUACUCCAACCUUGUUUGAUCAUGCAACUAUCAAGUCAAUUGCUUCGAAGCAUAAAAAGACCCCGGCUCAAGUGUUGUUGAGAUGGGCUACUCAACGUGGGAUUGCGGUGAUUCCUAAAUCAAAUAACCCUGAUCGGUUGAAUCAGAACUUGAAUGUGAAUGAUUUCGAUUUGAGUAAAGAGGAUUUGCAAGAGAUAAGUAAGUUAGAUAAGGGAUUGAGAUUUAAUGACCCUUGGGACUGGGACCACAUUCCAAUCUUUGUUUAG